UCAUUUUUUAUCACGUACAUCCGUACAUAGUACUAUCUUGUUGUUUUUACGCUGAGUAAUUAGGUAGGUACGCAGUUUUAAAUUAAGUAAUUCUCCAUUUCUCCGAGUUUUAAUUCAUUCAUAAUAAAAUGGCAGCUUCAUCUCAACUCGAAAGUUUGGAUAAACUGAUAACAAACUCUUUAUCAGGCGAGAACUUGAAGGAGUAUAAUAGAAUCCACUACGGAAGGACUGAUCACAAUGAAAUCAAGAUAUCGAAGGCUACAGAGGAGUUGGCUAAGAUUCACAAUUUCGAAGUUGCUGCUUAUGACUUUCCAUCAGCUAUAGAAGAAACACGAAGCCCGCGAAUCGUAAGAGUAGGAGUAAUUCAAAAUUCUAUUGCUAUUGCUACUGAUGAACUUUUGGUGAAUCAAAGACAGGCGAUAUUUGAUAAAAUUCGACGAAUUAUUAACGCUGCUGCUAAUGAGGGGGUCAAUGUUCUCUGCCUACAGGAGGCUUGGAGCAUGCCAUUUGCAUUCUGUACGAGAGAGAAAUAUCCUUGGUGUCAAUUUGCAGAACCAGCUGAAAAUGGACCUAGUUCUGCAUUUUUAAAAGAACUGGCUGCUAAAUAUAACAUGGUAAUUAUCUCACCAAUAUUGGAGAGGGAUGAAGUCCAUGGAGACACUAUUUGGAACACCGCUGUUGUCAUAAAUGAAAAAGGCAAGGUGAUUGGAAAGCACAGGAAGAAUCAUAUCCCUAGAGUAGGUGACUUCAAUGAGUCUACAUACUACUUUGAAGGCAAUACUGGCCAUCCUGUAUUUGAUACUAAAUAUGGGCGCAUUGCAAUCAACAUUUGCUAUGGUCGUCACCACCCUCAGAAUUGGAUGAUGUUUGGGAUUAAUGGAGCAGAGAUAGUUUUUAAUCCAUCUGCUACAGUUAGCGGGUUGAGUGAGCAUCUGUGGGCAGUGGAGGCCCGCAAUGCUGCUGUUGCUAACAGUUACUUUACUGUGGCUAUAAAUAGAGUAGGAACAGAAAGUUUCCCAAAUGAAUUCACGUCGGGAGACGGAAAGCCUGCUCAUAAGAACUUUGGUCACUUCUAUGGGUCUAGCUACUUGACAGCUCCUGAUGGGACCAGAACUCCAGGACUGUCAAGAGUGAAAGAUGGUCUUUUGAUUGCUGAAAUUGACUUGAAUCUCUGUCGUCAAAUCAAAGACAAGUGGGGCUUCACAAUGACCCAGAGGUUAGACCUCUAUGCGGAGAGCCUGGCCAAAGCUGUGAAGCUUGACUAUGAACCUCAAAUUGUCAGAAAUAAUUGAUCACUUACUAAUAUUAUACAUACUUGAAUCGAUUUAUAUUAAUAUAUUGUAAAGUGUUAUUCACUUUAAGAGAAGCCAUUAUUUUCUAAUCAUUUUUACAGACUUAUUGCAUUUCUAUACACAUGUUUGUUUAUAUUUUGUUAUAUUUUAAUAAAGGUACAUUUUAUCAGAUAAA